UAAUAUUGUUACUGAUACAAAGUUUUUAUUCAAAUCGUAUACUUAGCGCCAAUUAAAAAUUAAAAAUGUACUGUAUAAUAACCAGUCUGUUUUUAAGCACUCAGCUUUUACGAAGCUCUUCUCAAACUUCUAAUAGUGAAAUUUGUUCAAGUAAUAUAUAUUGUCGAGGGGAACUUCUGAAUGAUGUGCAAAUGCAAAAAAUCUAUCCAGAUUCUAAGACGUUCGUCGACAAAAAGUUACUUCGUAGCGAGGAAGAAAUCCUGGAAGCAUAUAGAAAGUUGAAAAUUCAAAAUAACGAAACUCUGAAUAAUGAUGUACUUGCCCAGUUUAUCGAAGAGAACUUUGUCGACGAUCCUUUGGCCGAAUGGUUACCACCAGACUUUGUCGAUAAACCUUCGAUCGUCAAUUUUGUACACGACAAUAAAUAUAGACAGUGGAUCUUGGAACUCAAUAAAAUUUGGAAAGUUUUGGCCCGGAGAAUGGACGAAGACGUCAAAACAAACCCCGAUCGACAUUCGUCCAUUUACUUGCCCAACGGAUUCUUCAUAGCCGGUGGAAGAUUUGCCGAACUUUAUUAUUGGGAUACAUAUUGGAUCAUAAAAGGGGCAUUACUGUGUGACAUGGUAGAUACUGCAAAAGGUAUCAUAGAAAAUUUCAUCUGUUUAGUAUGCCGUUAUGGUUAUGUACCUAAUGGUAACAGAAUUUACUAUUUGUUGAGAUCUCAGCCCCCGCUCCUGAGCUUUAUGGCAAAGACGUAUUAUACGUACACGGACGAUUUCGAUUUUAUUAAAGAAAAUAUUAAGCAUCUAGAAACAGAAUUAAAUUUCUGGUUGACAAACCGAACAAUAAAUGUAAAAAAACACGGUAAUGUCUAUACUAUGGCACAAUAUAAUCCACGUACAGAAGAACCACGUCCUGAAUCGUACUACGAAGAUAAGAUCUUAGCUAUGACCCUUCCUAAUGAAGACGAUAAAAAUAAAUUAUAUAGACACCUAAGAGGAGCUGCUGAAUCUGGUUGGGAUUUUUCUUCUAAACAUUUUGAUAAUGGCGGCAAAAACACAGGUGGCUUGAUAAAAACAAAUCCUGAAAAUUUUAUCUACGUGGAACUAAAUUCCAUUAUACAAGCAACCGCUGAUUUUAUCGGAGAAAUGUAUGAGCGACUGGGCGACGGGGUUAAAUCCAAAUACUACUACGACAUCGGUAAACGUUUCCUGGUCGGAAUAAACGCUCUGUUGUGGAACCCAGAAGAAAAAAUUUGGUUAGACUAUGACCUGACCACUGAAUCGAGUCGUAAUUACUUCUAUCCAUCUAAUCUCGCACCACUGUGGACCGGUAGUUACGACAGAAGGUUUAAAAAGUACUACGGUAGAAUGGCGUUCAAAUAUUUGGUCAAACACGAUAUUUUCAACUCGGACGGAACUACAAAACUGAUUUGUAUACCAACAUCGACAGUUAACACUACCCAACAGUGGGAUUACCCUAAUUGUUGGCCUCCACUUCAAGCCAUGGUAAUUCAUGGUUUAGGAUCCUCUAACUAUGUACUUGCCCAGAAAGGAGCCAUAAACUUGGCCAGGUCGUGGAUUAAUACCAAUUACAAAGGAUUCGUGGAAAGUGGUACAAUGUUUGAAAAAUAUAGUGCUCUUGACGUAGGAACGACAGGCAAUGGUGGUGAAUACGAACCACAAACCGGAUUCGGAUGGACAAACGGAUUUGUGUUCGAAUUAUUCUGGAAGUGGGGAAGCAUAUUUAAAUCUGAAGAUUGAAUUCAGUACUUAUACCAAUUUCAGUGUUCAUAUUAUAUGAGCAUAUACUUAACUACUUUUUUUUUUCAUUUUAACAUUUAAAAAUAAAAUUGCACGCCAUAAGAUGAUAA